UCACGUUGUUGAUGAGUUACCAUCGCGCAUAAGCGGCGUUUUGACAAAUUUUACAAGUAGAUCUAGAUCUACAGUUGCGCGAUCAAGGCUUAAAGUUAAAUUGAAUCAAAAUUUACAGACAUAUUCAAGCAGAUUGCCACCGAUUAUAACAAAUGCUAAUAUAUGUUCAGACACUGGGCUAGCAAAGUGUAGAAAUUUUAGUUUAAUUUCAUCCCUACUGCAUAGUAAACUACACAGAAGAAAUCCAGCAACAUUAUUCAACAAUUUUAUGAGUGAUAAAUUUAAUUGUGUCAACCAUGAACUUCAACAUAUCCGUAGUUUCAGUUCCACACCCAGGUUUUACAAAGCUGUUGUGAUAGACGGAAAAGCUAUUGCACAAGAUAUAAAGAAUGAAAUAAAAGCAGAAGUGGAUGCUCUUGUUGAAGCAGGAAACAGACCGCCCCACCUAGCAGUCCUCUUGGUUGGUAAUGAUCCGGCCAGCAUCGUCUAUGUAAAGAAUAAAUCACAGGCAGCUCAUUACACAGGUAUAUCAUGUGAUAUUCUAAGAAUUCCAGCAAAAGUGUCAGAGGCUGAGCUCCUGAAAGAAAUAGAAUUUCUCAACAGUCUGGAAGAAAAUGACGGCAUACUUGUCCAACUACCUCUGCCUGCUCACAUUGAUGAGAGAACUGUUUGUGAUGCCGUGCUGCCGGCCAAAGAUGUUGAUGGUUUCAACGUUCUCAACGUCGGCAGAUUUUGUGUGGAUCAAAAAGCUUUUAUCCCAGCUACUCCAUCUGGGGUGUUAGAAAUCAUUAGAAGAUUGAAGAUUGAGACCAACGGCAAGAAUGCUGUUGUGAUUGGCAGGUCAAAGAAUGUGGGGCUACCCAUUGCUUUACAUCUUCAUUCAGAUGGUAACGGGGGCUCAAGAGCAGGUGACGCCACAACCACCAUCUGCCAUCGCAACACAACACCAGAGCAGCUCAGACAUUUCACCCAGUCAGCUGACAUCAUCGUGUCUGCCACCGGCGUGCCAGGUCUGAUACAGGCUGACAUGGUCAAAGAUGGCGCUGUCGUAAUUGACAUUGGCAUAACCAGAGUAGUAGAGGCAAACGGCAGAGCUAAGCUGGUUGGUGAUGUUGACUUUGAAGGUGUGAGUCUCAAGGCCAGCCUGAUCACACCUGUACCAGGUGGUGUUGGACCAGUCACUGUUGCCAUGGUGAUCAAAAACACACUCAUCGCAUACAAGAAGGAGAUCAGCUAUGGUCAGUGGAACAAGCCAUCUAUACCAAGUUAGAUCAUUUAGGGAAAUGUUCAGCAUAUCCACCUGUUAGUUCUAUGUAUCCAAUAUUUUGAUGUAUCCACCAACUAUAGAAACUACAUAUCCAUUAUUUAAAAGAUUGCUCAGUUGGUGAAAUCUUCCAUUUGUUAAGCAAUAAGAAUCUCAUUGACUAUGUACUUAAUUGUUUUUAAAAAAAUAUUCGUUCUGUGUAAUAUUUAGUCAUUGAUGGGCACAUAUUUUAUGCAAGGGAAAUAACCAUGGUUUUAAUCAAGGAUUUUCACAGUUAAAUCCCUUUUGUCAUUCAUGACCACUUUAAAAACUUUAUUAUAACAUUGUUAUGUAUGCACUAAAAAUAAAGAAAUAAAUGAUUUUCUGUAAAUAUACAAUAAUGAACCACUUUAUAUAAAACUAUAAGAAAAAGUAUGUGUCACUAUAUAUUGUAUUCAAUACUCUUGCUAAAAAAAAUAUUAAUCGCUUAUCUUUUUAAAAAAAAUAUUUUAAUGUAAAUAGCGGUUUGCAUAUUUUUAAAGAAAAUCAUUUAAUUUUCUUUAUUUUUAGUGCACACUAAAAACUCUUUAUUAAGAAUGUUUUUAUUAAAAUAUUUUUAAUCAAAUCAAAUAGCAAAAUUCAAAACACUUUCGCACCAAAUGAACACAUAGCAAAUGUAUGUGUAAUAGCAUAAAUGUGUGUGAAAUGGUGUAUAAAGAUUUUUACUUUAUAAGACAAUCUUUAAUAAAUAUUUGUUUUAAAUAAUUUAUUACGUCAAAGUAUUUUUUAAAAAAUAAGUUUAUUAUCUCUAUAGCAGUCAUUUAGUGAAUGCUAAAAGUAUUUAAACUUUGAUUUUCGUUACUUAACAACAUUGGCAGGGUUCAACUUGCGGGAUAGAAAAUAUAAGAUUGAACUGUAUAACAAAAUGAUCAGACUUGGUUACUUGGUGUAGUGGUGAUU